AUGGCCAACAAAAAGCGGGUUAGGUUACCCACUAGAAAAGUUAUUUUAGAAAGACAAGUUGUACGGGAAGAGUUGCUACACAAUCUUUUAGAAGGUGGUCAAUGUCGUGACCUUAUUCGUAUGAGUGAAAAUGCUUUUAGGAGAUUGUGUGAAAUCUUACAAACUGUAGGUGGUCUACGACGUACGCAACGCAUGUCCGUUGAGGAACAUGUUGCUAGAUUUUUGCAUAUUGUAAGUAAUGAUUUGCGAACUCGGUUUACCUCGUGGAUGUAUCGUCGCUCAAGAUCAACAACGAGUAGGUGCUUCCAUAGAGUAUUACGAUCGAUUAUGGCAAUAGAAGGUCUUUAUAUUCAGCAACCUACAGGUGAUGUUGUCCCGAGAGAAAUUCAAGAAAGUAGGAGAUUUUAUCCUUUUUUCAAGGAUUGUAUAGGGGAAAUAGAUGGAACACAUUUUACGUAUGUGUUAACGGGUUGGGAGGGUACUGCAUCAGACUCGAGAAUAAUAAAGAACGCAUUUACUAGAGAUGAUAAACUACUAAUUCCAUCAGGUAGAUAUUGUUUAGUAGAUGUGGGUUUGCCUCAUACGGAUAAACUAAUGGCGCCAUAUAGAGGUGUUAAAUAUCAUUUAAAAGAGUACUCCAUGCGUGGUCCACAAAAUUCUAAAGAGUUGUUUAAUCUUCGUCAUGCUUCCUUACAUAACGCCAUUGAGCGAGCUUUUGGUGUCCUUAAAAGAAGGUUUCCUAUCAUUCGAAAUGAAGACCUCGACAUAAAUCUUGAAGAUGAGGUGAUGCAGGAGAUCUUAAACGGACCACAAGAGCAAGAUCGUCGUAAUUCAACAGAAACAGAUGAGGAUAAUAGUAGGGUAGAUCAACUAAGGAAUUCAAUUGCAAAUGAAAUGUGGGCAAAUUAUUUGGCACAUUCAAACAAUUAA